GGAAAAAUGAAUGUCGUUCCUGGUACUGCUUCACUGCUCGAAGAACUUGAUAAAAAAUUGAUGGUUCUAUUGAGAGAUGGACGAACAUUAAUUGGAUACCUCAGAAGUGUAGAUCAAUUUGCAAACUUGGUUCUCCAUCGCACUAUUGAAAGGAUUCAUGUGGGCAAAGAGUAUGGUGAUAUACCUCGAGGAGUCUUCAUUGUGAGAGGAGAGAAUGUUGUUUUAUUAGGAGAAAUUGAUAAGGAUAAGGAAAAGAAUUUACCAUUAUCAGAAGUUUCAGUUGAUGAUAUCCUUGAUGCACAGAGAAGAGAACAAGAACAGAAACAAGAUCAAGAAAGGCUCAUGAACAAAGCACUGAAAGAUCGUGGUUUGUCAUAUAUACCUGAUUUAGGUCAUGAUGAUAUGUUUUGACCUACAUCAUUGUGAUAAAUUUGUUUUCACUCUAUCAUAUUUUAAUGUAUAACUUAAAAAAAAAACUUGAAAAACUUUUUAUUUCUGAUUUUGUGAAAUUCUGUGUACUUUUUAGUUAACUAUAUUCCAUUCAUUGACAUCAUAAGUAAUUCAUCUUUUUGAAAAAUGUUAUUUAAAGUUUAAAGUAUUUAAAUAUUAUUGUGAAAUAAAAAAUAAAGUGUAAAAAAGUAGGACUAUUAUUGACACCACUAAUUAAAAUGUACUCAGUCACGUUGAUAUAAUCUCUGUAAAUAUGAAUAAUUUUUGUAUUUUUCAAUAAGAAUUGAUAAAGAAACAAAUACAUUUCCAUCACGAAUUAGUUUAUUA